AUACGGGUGGGAAACAUAGUGCUUGCUGUUGUGUUGAGUAUUUGCACAGCUUCCCUCAGCAGGAGUUCAGUUCAGACCGGUUCAGUGUGAACUCAGAGAAUACUCGACAGUACAGACAUGUAUCUCUCAAAGAUGAGUCGACAACAGCUGUUGACUUUAAUUGCGAUGGCAUCCAUAAACUUCAGCUCAAUGAUAUGCUACUCAAUAUUAGGACCCUUUUUUCCACCUGAGGCAGAGAGAAAAGGAGUAAGCCAAGCAAUAAUUGGGUUAAUAUUUGGAUGCUAUGCCUUCUUCACUUUGGUUGGAUCACUGAUCUUGGGGAAAUAUAUUGUCCAAAUUGGGGCUAAAUGUAUGAUUAUUGCAGGACUGUUAAUUUCGGGCUUAAGUACUAUAGUCUUUGGAUUCCUAGACAGAGCUCCUGAUGGAACAAUCUUCAUAGUGCUCUGUUUUGUCAUAAGGUCUGUAAAUGCACUGGGAUUUGCUGGUGCUGUAACAUCCUCUUUUGCUGUGUCAGCAAAAGUGUUUCCCGAAAGUAUAGCAACAAUUCUGGGCUUUAUUGAGAUUUUUACAGGACUGGGCCUCAUACUUGGACCACCUUUGGGUGGAUGGAUGUAUCAGGAAUUUGGAUAUGAAAUUCCAUUCAUUGCUUUGGGAAGUGUUCUGUUUUUGACCGUUCCCUUAACCAUGUGGAUUUUACCAAACUUUGAUGCGGUUGCCUCACAGGGCUCCUUCUUCAAGCUGUGCUCUCGAGUAAAGAUGAUGCUCAUUUGUUUUGUGGUGUUCACACUGAGCUCAGGAAUCGGUUUUUUGGACGCAACCUUAUCAAUAUUUGCCAUGGAAGCGUUUGGCCUGAGUGCUGAAUCUGUGGGGCUACUCAUGGUUGCAGUGUCAUUACCCUACGGUGCUGCGUCCCCCAUCCUCGGGAUACUGAGUGAUAAGUAUCCAUUUAUCAGAAGGUGGAUGAUGGCAAUAGGAGGAAUAGCAACAGCAGUUGGAUUUUAUUUACUCGGCCCUGUUCCUGUCUUUCAUAUUGAGAGUGAGCUUUGGCUUACUGUUGUCAUGCUGGUGGUCAUCGGGUUUUCUCUAUGUAUGACCUGCAUUCCCACCUUCACUGAGAUGCUCACCUGUGCACAUGAAAAUGGAUUUGAGGACAGCUUAAGCACAUUGGGUUUGGUGUCAGGACUGUUUUCAGCUGUGUGGUCUGCAGGGAUGUUCUUCGGGCCCACUAUUGGUGGAAUUAUCACACAGAAACUGAAUUUUGAAUGGGGUGCAGGUUUUCAAGGAGGGAUCACCUUUAUUGCUGCAUUCCUGCUAAUAUUAUUUUUGGCCAAAGAAGAAAUACAAAAGACCAGAUUUACGAAAAUCAAUGGGGCUGAAUACACAUUGUGUGCAGGAGAAAAAUCCCCUCUUCUCUGCUCGUCUUCAGAAACUUCUGUCUGAUGUGUACCCCAAUGUCUGACCAAAAUGAAAGUAUGUGUGGUGCAUUGGUGCAUCACCAUGUGGAAAAAAGUACUGCCAAGACAAAGAAACUGC